AUGAACAGUUCGCCGAACACAUCAAUGUGACGGUCUCGUAAUUUGUAUAACCAAAAUGUUUAUGAUAUUAAGAAAAACAAGUAUUUGUGGAAAUUCUAAGCCAUUUCAACAGGUUUCCAACUAUGCAAAAAUUUUCAAACUGUUGAUAAGUAAAGAAGAACGUGCAGCUAAAUUACAAAAAGAAAGAUUUGAAUUAGUUCGAACAUGCAUAACAUCGGCAUUAAAAAAUCGAAGAAGUUUGUCCGUUUCAGAAUUCAGAACAAUCGAAUCGGAAAUGAGAUCAAAAUCUUAUCAUAGAAUACGAGACCAUAUAUUUGAUGUUUUUUUUACUCUUCGGCCGCCAAAUGACUCGAUGGAAAAUGCGAGAAAUUUUAUUGAAGCAUUCGAUAUAAAGGACGAUCUAAAUAUAACAUCAAAACUCAUUCGGCUUUAUGCAAAGAAGGCGUCCGAAUCCCAGUUAACAGAAAAAGAGGAGCAAGAAUUGAUCGGCCGGUGUGAUGCGCUAAUAGCUAAAGAGUUCCAUGCCCUUCCAGAAAUGAAUUCAAUAAUCGUGAAUGGACUAUGUGCCACAAAAGACUGGCGCAAAGUAAUUGAACUGCCCGCAUUAUGCAAAAAUUCAGUAAAUAUAAUUGCACGUAAAGCGUUGAAGGAAAAUGAGAUCGAUAUGGCUUGGGAUGUAUUACAUAAACUAUUUUCAUUUCCAAAACAUCAUCAACAUUUGAAUAGCAAAACCAUUCAAUCAGUUGCCAAAUAUUUUAAUAGAAAUCCAAAAAGUAUUCCGACAAAUGCUAACAAACUAUUUUCGCUGUGCGAAAAACUCAAAAUGCUAUUCACUGAACCGGCAAUAAAGGAAUUGAGAGAUGUUCUGGAAAAACAUGGUCAUCAAGCAAAAAUCAUCAAUAUGGGCUUUUCUGGCAUCUGUAGUACGUGCAAAAGUCAACUUGAAAAAUCAAAACCACUGAGCACCACUCAAUUCAACAUGCUACGAACAGAAUUUAUGGACAAAGUUGUAAAAGGUGCUGAUAUUUAUCAAAAAACAACGCCUGAAGAAUGGAAAUCGUUUGAAGAGGUGAUCAGGGAAAACGGACCAUUCGAUAUUGUAAUGGAUGGCUUAAAUGUUUCUUAUUUAGCAAAGAAAACUGUUGACCAAGCUAAAGCUAACAACCAAAGUAGCAGCUUAAGCAAAUUGCACUUUAAUCUUGACGGCAGACCCAACGUGCAUACGCUUACAAAUGCAGUGAAACAACUACAUGACGAGGGCAAACGCGUUUUGGUCGUUGGUAGAAAACACAUGAACCGUUGGCCAAAUAUAAACAAUAUUCGAAAAAUUGCCACUCUUUUCUUAGUUGAUAAUAUAUCUAAAGAUGAUAUAUUUUUACUGUAUGCAGCCAUGCACAGCGGCCAAAACUCUUAUAUUUUAUCAAAUGACUUUAUGCGAGAUCAUAAAUUUGCAAUCGGGCGGUAUAAUGAAUUGUUUAAAUUGUGGCAACAAGAACAAUGGUAUGGAUUCACACUUGGACAAAAUAAACCAAUCGAACUUGUAAAACCGAUGCAAUAUAAAAUGUACAUUCAUAAAGUCGGCGACUACUGGCAUCUGCCGUUCAAGACCAACGAACAUUUGGAAGCAAAAAUGUGGAAUAGCUAUGAAUUGCCCGAAGAUUGGGCAUGCAUACGAAUUAAGGAAAAUGUUGAGUGUGAAUAAUACAGCCCCGGUGGGACAUUCGUAGAACUUUUAGCUAUUAAAUUAAUUUUAUUUAAUUCU